UUCCAUUCAUAUCGCACUCUCACUCACGCAUUUCCUAAGCAAAGCAGAGAGAGUCGGAAAUGGCAGUCCCUUCACUCCCUCUGCUCAUCACUUUCCUCUUGUCUCUCCUUCUCCCAACCCUCAUUUCCUCCUCCCCUGUUCAAGACCCAGAGCUUGUUGUACGACAAGUACAAAGGAGCAUCAAGAAUGCGACGAUGGCGGCUAGGAGGAAUUUGGGGUAUCUCUCUUGCGGGAGCGGCAACCCGAUCGACGACUGCUGGCGGUGCGACCCGGAUUGGGAGAAGAACCGCCAGAGGCUAGCUGAUUGUGCUAUCGGGUUCGGCAAGAACGCCAUUGGUGGAAGGGAUGGUAAGAUUUACGUGGUCACUGACUCCAGCGACGAUGACGCGGUGACCCCCAAGCCGGGGACUCUCCGAUAUGCUGUGAUCCAAGACGAGCCGUUGUGGAUCAUUUUUGCACGUGAUAUGGUGAUCAAAUUGAAGGAAGAGCUGAUUAUGAACUCGUUCAAGACCAUUGAUGGGAGGGGAGCGAGUGUUCACAUUGCCGGUGGUCCAUGCAUUACUGUUCAGUAUGUGACCAACAUUAUAAUUCAUGGGAUAAACAUUCAUGACUGUAAGCAAGGAGGGAAUGCUAAUGUGAGGGACUCCCCAACGCACUAUGGGUGGAGGACCAUAUCUGACGGCGAUGGGGUGUCCAUCUUUGGCGGUACCCACGUUUGGGUGGACCAUUGCUCACUUUCAAACUGCGCCGAUGGGCUGAUUGAUGCAAUCCAUGGGUCCUCUGCCAUCACCAUUUCAAACAAUUACAUGACUCACCAUGAUAAGGUCAUGUUGUUGGGGCACAGCGAUUCCUACACUCAAGACAAGAACAUGCAAGUCACCAUCGCCUUCAAUCACUUUGGAGAAGGGCUUGUCCAACGAAUGCCAAGAUGUAGGCACGGCUACUUCCAUGUGGUCAACAAUGACUACACCCACUGGGAAAUGUAUGCCAUCGGGGGGAGCGCUGCCCCUACCAUCAAUAGCCAAGGCAACAGAUUUGCUGCACCGGAUGACAGAUUCAGCAAAGAGGUGACGAAAUAUGAGGAGGCGCCAGAAAGUGAAUGGAGGAACUGGAAUUGGAGGUCUGAAGGAGACCUGAUGCUGAAUGGUGCAUUUUUCACAGCAUCAGGGGCAGGAGCUUCAUCAAGCUAUGCCAGGGCUUCUAGCCUAAGUGCAAGACCAUCUUCUCUUGUGGGCACAAUUACAGUCACUGCGGGUGCACUGAAUUGCCGGAAGGGUUCUCGUUGCUGAUUGUGAUUUUUGAAGUGUUGUUGGAAGAUGAUAAAUCUAUAGAAAAUUGAGGAGAGACUGAAGGGGAGGGGGAAGUAAAAAAAAAGGGCACAAGAAACUUUAAGAGUCAAAUCUCUAGAUUUACUUUUCUUGGCUUUUUUUUUUCCCCUCUAGAUUUUCUCUUUUUAUCCAUUUAUUUCUACUCUUUUUUUCUUUUUUCUACUUUUUGACUUACUGUGAUGGUCACAAAUGUACAACCUCGGCCUGUUUCUCUAGAUUCCCUUAGGGAAAGCAAGCGCAGAAGUGUUGCUAUAUAUACUAAAUUAUCUAUUUAUAGAUUUUAUUUAAA